AAAAGUGCCUUCUCACUUUGCAGAUGGAGGUGAACGUCUUAUCGCUGCGGGACCUGGCGAGCGGCCGGCCGGGGCGGCGGGGCCGCGCCGAGGCGGCCCAGAAGGAAAACAUACUUGAUCGAUCCAGGAUGGCUCCAAAGACUCCCAUUAAGAAUGAGCCAGUUGAUUUAUCAAAGCAAAAAGGCUGCACCCCAGAAAGAAAUCCAAUUACACCUGUAAAGCUCAUUGACAGACCUCAGCCUGAUCCCUGGACCCCCACUGCGAACCUGAAGAUACUUGUUAGUGCUGCUAGUCCUGAUAUGAGAGACAGGGAAAAGAAGAAAGAGCUCUUCAGACCUAUAGAAAACAGUGACCAGAGUGACACACCUGAUUCAUUACAGUAUGAUAUGAUAGAAGACAGCAUGGUUGAUGAAUUUGAAAAACAGAGGCCCAGCAGAAAACAGAAAAGCUUAGGACUCUUGUGCCAAAAGUUUUUAGCUCGUUAUCCAAGUUACCCGAUGUCAACAGAAAAAACUACUAUUUCUCUGGAUGAAGUGGCUUCAGUUCUCGGAGUUGAGCGGAGACGAAUUUAUGAUAUAGUGAACGUUCUGGAGUCACUGCAUUUGGUUAGCCGUGUGGCCAAGAACCAGUACUGCUGGCAUGGCAAACACAACCUCGGCCAGACUCUGAAAGUGCUUCAAGAUGUGGGAGAGCUGCAGUAUGGGGAACUAAUGACAUUCUUGCAGCACAAGGAGCAGGACUUGGAAUACAAAUUUCAGGAACAGAAAAAGGAAACUAUUCCUGAUUCUCAAGACAGUCAAUUACUGGACUUCUCAGAACCAGACUGCACCUCUGCAUCUGCAAACAGCAGAAAGGACAAGUCGUUGCGGAUAAUGAGCCAAAAGUUUGUCAUGCUGUUCCUUGUCUCCAAGACCAAGAUAGUCACUUUGGACGUUGCAGCAAAGAUCCUGAUAGAAGAGACCCAGGAUACAGUGGACCACAGCAAAUUUAAAACAAAGGUACGCAGACUGUACGAUAUCGCAAAUGUUCUCACCAGCCUAGGCUUAAUCACGAAAGUUCACGUGACAGAGGAGCGAGGACGCAAACCAGCCUUCAAGUGGAUCGGGCCUGUGGAAUUCCCUGGCGAGACUGAUGAGCCAAGAGGGCACAGCUCGUCAUCUAAUCCUCUCUCAGGGACACAGAGAGGAGCCUGUGCUAAUGGAAAGCAAAGGUUUACACAUCGUGCUUCAUUUAACUUCACACAGCCUUGUGAAGGGACCAGAAGGAAAGUAAUUUCUGAGCCCAGCAGCCCGCUUCAAGAGACUCCAGCCUGUGUUGUGAAUUCAGAUGAACAUGGCUCCAAAAUGAUAAAUCUGCCAGCUGUCUGCAGGCAAAGAGUAGAGGAAGAUACUAGGAAUAAAGCUACAGAAACAAUAUUAAGUUCAGCAAGGAACCCAAGCAUAAGUUCACCUCUUUCCCUUCUUCCAGUUCCUGGGGACACUGAUUUUUGUGUCACCCCUUUGCCUCAGGCAGUUUUCCCUGUGGUUCAGACAGAUGUGCCAAGCCUCUCAUUGCGAAAUAGCAUCAGCAGCCGAGCUCUACAUAUUUCCACACCAGCACUCACCAAAACAGAAAAUGAAAAACCUGCCCUGCUCCCCAACCAGCCCUUCCUGUGCCUCACGUCUUCAUCUCUUUUUGUGCUGUGUGGCAGUCUGCAGGAAAAUAACCUAAGAGAGACCCUGCCCAGUGCAGGUGAUGUGGGAAACAGGAGUGCAGAAGAGCAAACUGCUGUACCUCCAGCUGCCUGCCAGAAACGCAGGUCCCACCAGUGCACAACACCCUCUGCACCUGCAGAUGAAAAAGAGCCAGCUGCUAAAAAGCAGAACGUGGAAGAGAGUGAUGUUCCACUCUCACUUGUAGUACCCAAGAAGCCUUUUGAGUCACCCAGGGCAGAAACUACACCAGGAAGUGUCUGUACAUUCGCUGGGCAUCUGGAAGAUUUUCAUCUUGACUUUGCAAGCCCUGUUGCACCAGAGGCUACAGACAAGGAGUCUACCAAGCUUUUAGAUUCUCAAAAGCAAGAAUGUUCUCAAAAUAGAGACCUCACUCAAGGAAAAGAGCAAAUCUCUGAAGAAAAUAGCAGUCAACCUUUCCUUCCACAGUAUCUUUAUGUUCAGCCUACUGCUGGAUUAAGCAAUUUUAACUUCUUAUUCUCUGCACACCAAGCCCCUGGUGGUAUCAGCCUGGCUGCAAGCCCGUUACCUUCUGUGAGUGUCCCCUGUGUCAUAGUGCCAGCAGCAGCUCUGGCUUCCUGCCCUCUCGUCUGUUCCCCUGCAGUCUUCAGUCCUCUUUCAUCAGUUCCCGAUGGCUCCUUUUCAGCUGCCAGCUCCAUGAAUUUCAGUACGUCUGGCCUGGCAUCAGCAGCGCCUGUUUUCAUAGGCACCACGACAGUAGUCACUCCCAAGGUGUCACCCACACCUUUGGUGGAUCCCCAGCAGCCAGCUCAGCCUGCUUUGCACCUGAGUCCUGUCUUUGCAAGAUCUUGUGCUGCUGUUAAGUUGGACCCCCCUAUGUGUGGGGGGCAUCCAGUGACCCUUCUGAAGCUGCAGCAGCCUUCAUCUGCUCCCCUCACUCCCAAGAGCAUUCGUCCUGCAUGUCAUGAUGCAUUUUUCAAAACUCCUGGAAGCCUUGGAGACCCUGUUUGCUGGAAGAAAAGUGAAGGCAACCAGACCAGAAACGCCAGCUCUGUGCAGAGGAGACUGGAAAUCUCUAGUACCAGUGCCGACUAACACCACUCAUUGCAAAGGGUGGGCAGAUUGUCCUAGGACCCUGUAUUGACUAUGAGAGAACUAUCUCUUAGCUGACAAGAGGAGCGUGUUAAAAUGCCAUCCCUUUUGGCAUGCUUCCCGCUAUCUGUUCACCCACUGGUUCUGUUAAUCACCUUCUUCACAAGUCCUUAGUACUGAGACCUUUCUACUGAAUUGUUCCUUCAGUACUGAUUUGAAUUCAGAGGCUGUGCUUUGAAUGGCCUCAUGAGCAUCAAGUUGUAUUUGCAGUUUUCGUUUGGAAGAUUCUCUAUUGCCGUGAGGAUAUGCAAAUAGAUUUUUCUUGGAGUCCUCAGAGGUCUGUUUAGUGGGUUUCAGUGACAUGUCUAGCACUUAUCUGGGGUAAGCAUUUUUUUUCCUGCAUGUACUCUGCUUACCCUGAGUAAAUCUGUGAUGACAAUGACAAACUUGUAGUUGUGAGAACAGCUGCUUCCUUGGUUGCAGUCUGUCAAAUCGUGCCUCUGCAGUGCAGCCUUUUGCUAUUUAUUUUAUACAUGGAGUGGGAUUUAAUUCUAAAAACGUUUUUUGCAGCUUCAGAACAGCAGAUUUUCUCAGGGUGGUAUUACUUGAAUGUCAGUUGGUGGUUGUACAAUUUGCCCAGCACUCGUGGUUAGAAAAAACUAAUAAUAAGAUAACACAGUAUGAUUGAAUGUAUACAUGUGAAAAAUAUUAAGACCAAAAUAACUGUGAAUGUUAACAUUUUCAGAAUUGUGUUAAUGAAAUCUAUAUUAAUUCUUGGGGGAUUUUUUUUUGUUUU